AUGUUAAGACUCUCCAGCUCUUUCAACAAGAACAUCCUCGCUCGCCAAUUUUCCAAAGCUAUUGGUAUCGAUCUAGGAACUACCAACUCCUGCGUCGCAGUUCUAGAAGGUGGCCAGCCUAAAGUCCUUGAAAACUCUGAAGGUAUGAGGACAACCCCAUCAGUUGUCAGCUUUUCCGCAGAAGGAGAAAGACUUGUUGGUAUUGCAGCCAAGCGUCAAGCUGUCACAAACCCUGAAAAUACUUUUUACGCUACAAAAAGACUUAUCGGCCGUCGCUUUGAUGAUCCUACCAUCCAAAGAGAUCUAAAAUCUCUCGGCUAUAAGCUCAUAAAAGCUCCUAACGGCGACGCUUGGGUUGAAGCCCACGGCAAAAAAUACAGCCCAAGCCAAAUUGGUGCCUUUGUUCUUAUGAAAAUGAAAGAGACUGCUGAAUCCUAUCUUGGUGGCCAAGUUAAAAAAGCUGUGAUCACAGUCCCAGCUUACUUUAACGACUCCCAAAGACAAGCAACCAAAGAUGCUGGCCAAAUUUCAGGCCUUGAAGUAGAAAGAAUCAUCAAUGAGCCGACCGCCGCUGCUUUGUCAUAUGGUCUUGACAAAAACGAUGGCAAAGUUCUUGCAGUCUUCGACUUAGGAGGAGGCACUUUUGAUAUUUCAAUUCUUGAAAUCUCACAAGGAGUUUUCGAAGUCAAAGCUACCAAUGGUGAUACCGCUCUUGGUGGUGAAGAUUUCGAUAAUGUUUUACAAAACUAUAUUUUAGAAGAAUUUAAGAAAGAAACUAAAAUUGACUUGAAAUUUGACAGGACUGCACUACAAAGAGUCAGAGAAGCUGCAGAAAAAGCAAAAAUCGAGCUGUCCUCAAGCACACAAACUGAGAUUAAUCAGCCUUAUAUUACUGCUGAUAAAACUGGGCCAAAACAUUUGAAUAUGAAGCUUACAAGGGCUAAGUAUGAACAACUCACUGCAAGCUUAAUUGAUAGAACCAAAAAGCCAUGUGAGGUCUGCUUAAAAGAUGCUGGGCUCAACAAGUCUCAGCUCCAAGAAAUCUUGUUGGUCGGAGGUAUGACUAGAAUGCCAAGAGUCCAAGAAUUCGUAAAAGAGUACUAUGGAAAGCCAGGCAACAAAAGUGUCAACCCUGACGAAGCAGUCGCUAUGGGUGCUGCAAUCCAAGCAGGAGUUCUCCAAGGAGAAAUGGGAGGCAUUGUCCUUCUUGAUGUCACUCCUCUAUCCCUUGGUAUUGAAACUCUUGGAGGUGUUUUCACAAGAAUUAUCAACAGAAACACCACAAUCCCUACAAGAAAGUCACAAGUCUUUUCAACAGCUGCAGACAGCCAAACUACAGUCACAAUUAAAGUCCUUCAAGGUGAAAGAGAAAUGGCUAACGACAACAAGCUGCUAGGAAACUUCGAUUUGACUGGAAUUCCACCAGCACCUAGAGGAAUGCCACAAAUUGAAGUCACUUUUGAUAUUGACGCAAAUGGGCUUGUCCACGUUAAUGCUAAAGAUAAAGCUACUGGAAAGGACCAGAGCAUCACUGUCCAGUCUUCUGGAGGUCUAAGCAAGGCUGAUAUUGAAAAGAUGGUUAAAGAUGCUGAAAGAUUGAGAGCUGAAGAUGAAAAGAGAAGAAAUGCAAUUGAUACUAAGAAUGAAGCUGAUAAUACCAUUUAUAAUAUUGAAAAGACCAUCCAUGAGCAUAAGGAUAAAGUACCAGAAAACGUGAGCAAUGAUAUUGCACAAGCUAUCAGUGAGUUGAAAGAAAAAAUGAACGCAGAUGAUGUCGAUGGGAUGAGAGCUGGAAUUGAUAAAAUUAAGAACUUGUCAUUAGAAAUAGGAAAGAGCAUUUAUCAAGGACAACAGAACCAAGGACAACAGCAAGAACAACAGCAAGAACAAAACACACAGCAAAACAAUGAAGAUGAUGCUAAUAAGGAUAAGAAAGAAUAA